AUGGUGAACGUGAAAGAGAUAAGCGAAGCGGACGCGAGGGAGGUGCGAAAGAGAUGGUGGCAGUCGCCCAGGGCCAAGAAGAAGUCUAAGUAUGCGAAGCCCGCGGCGGUGGCCGCUGCGGCACCGGGCGGCGCGCGCGAGGCUUUUCUGCAGCGCGACAAACUCUACAAGCAGAGGCUGAAGCACAUCGCCAAGCAACGCCCUCAGCCGUACGUGGUGCGCGGCCACCAGCUGCAGCUGCAGGCGCUCACCUCGGUGGCGCACUGCCACCACUGCGACCUCCUCAUCUGGGGCCUGGCGCCGCAGGCCUAUAUAUGCCUCAACUGCAAGCUUCGCGUCCACCGCGAGUGCGGCAAGUCUGUGGAGGAGGGCUGCGUACUAGACGGGGAGCACCACAACAACCGCAUCUCGCGCUUCAUGGAGAGGAUACACCACAACAAUCAGCCAGGCCAGGACGGGAGCGACAAGAAGUCCAGAAAAUCAUCGGGAACGGGCCACUUCUUGAACAUGGAGCGCAGCUUCCGGAAGGUGGAGGACGAGCCGCCUUGGGAGCAGACGCUCACUCCGACUCCCGUAACAGUUCAGCUCGCGAUGCUCCGGUCAGAACUUUGCGUCAAGCUCAGUGUCACGCUCGGCGUCAAGCUCGGCGCCGUGUUCGGCGUCGGCGCGGUGCAAGUGUCCCGUGGUGCGGCGGGCGAGUGCACGCGGGCGUCCCGCGACGCUCGGACGUGUCGGCGUCGCGACGUUGGACCAAUCGCUCAGUUUACGCGCCGUUUACGCGUCGACAUCGGAAAACGGUUCCGUUUAACGGAAGCGGUUGCCGUUGACGUUGACGUCGUAGCG